AUGCUUGGCACCCUUCUUCACGUGCUACUGUUUGUUGCCGGGCUUAUUGGUCUCUUGGCGAUCAAGAAGCAGCGCCUUCGACACAUACCAACCCGUCGCACGCACAUCCCCCGGCGCCAUGCUGAGGGCACGCUGUGGCUGCAACGCUUCGUGAAUGCGGUACUGGACAUGUUGCACGCCGCGUUGGCUGAGCAGCAGGCAAGAGAGACUGCAGAGGUGGUCGCUGCACGGGGCGGCGCAAGUGUCUCAUCCCCUCCUCCAGAGCAGCUGCCCGGCGCGCCCGGAGAAAGCAAUGCUUCAACGAAAUUCGCUGCGCCCGCGAGCGUUGACGGCACUGUGUGCGACGGCGAUGCUGACAGCGUAAGCAGCGCCGAAGUGUUGUCCGAGUUGCCGUUCCUCAACGCCCUAAAGGCGCAGCUAGAGGAGCAGAUUAGCGCGCUGCUAGAAGACAAGGGGAUCGCCUCCUUUGCCGACUUUCGCAUCAAAGACUGGGGCGGCAAACCUCCUGUGAUCAAGGCGUUGUACCUCUCCCACGGCGGGGGCGGGGGCAGCAGCAAACCCGCUGCGGGCGUCACGGGAGCGUCCGCGUCUUCCUCUGCCGUGCCUGCUGCACCUUUGGCUGGUGGUCUUGGGAGCAUGGCCUCCUUGGACAGCAUGGGUCCUAGCGGCGUUGCGACGGUGGCACAGCAGCGCGCUGCUGCAGGGAUGUCGCUGGGCAAUCCGAGUGGAUUAGGGAAGCAGACACAGCAGCAGCAGUCACAGAAUCCUCAGAUGCAAUCGCCCGUGUCGGGUGGGUCGUUCUCGUAUACGAAUCUGAUGCAGCCCCUCGCCGCCUCAACGGUGAACGCAGAGCGGCAAAGCGACGUCAGCGGGGACGCACUGAACGCAGCUGCCCGCUCGGCGAUGGACCCGUCGAUGCUGACUAGCCUCCGGUACCGAAGCUCAGGCGAUGAGUCCGGCACCGCGGCAGGUGCAGGGGCAGCUGGCCGUGAGCGGAGUGUGAAGGGCUCUAUGGCACACUCUGCUCGCCUCAGCGGCAGCAGUGGGGCGCACGGAGGGGCUGACCUGAGCUCGCCAGCAGCAGGGCCUUCCUCGACUGUUGCCACGGCAGGAGUGACGGCCGCACAUACUUGCGGCGCGAGGCACACCACGGACACAACGCGCUCGCUCUCCGUCCUGGAUGCUGAAGUCGAGGUGGAGUACAGCGGCAACUUCAGGGUGUCUCUCAACGCCGACCUCCCCAUCGCGCGCGGGCGCUAUCUGCAGGUGUACGUGUCGCUCAGCGAUGUGCGCAUGCUCGCUGCGCACGUGCGGCUGCGCCUCUCCCUAGAGUACGAGCCAGCCACGGUAGAGUCGCCCCAACCGCAGCCCUAUCUGAGCGGCACGCUCUGGCUUCUUUCGGACCCGAUGUUCGACGCCGCCUUCCAUUCCACUCUCACACAGUACCGUAUCCACGACUUCUUCAUGGUCCCAAUGCUCGUGAAGUUCUUUCUGCUCCGCUUUCUCCGCACAAAGUUUCGACCCUCUUCACAGGCGGUGACUUCCUCCCGGUCUCCUGGGAGCCAUCGUCGUCGCGCUGGUGCCGGCGCCAGCGGUAACAUCGGCGCCGCCAGCGGUGGCGCUGCCUCGGGAACCGGCGGCAAGCAGAGCGCCAGCGGUUCCACAGGUAUGCCGGACGACGUCGACGAGGAUGCGCAGCAUGGCGCGUCCGAUGCGUCGGGGCUUUCAUUCCGAGUGCAGCUCCCCGCUGACGUGGUGGAUGGAGGGGAGCAUUGGUGGUCGUCGGUUGCGCGUGGCUCGAUGAGUGAGCAGCCCGUGCCCUUCACCAACGCCUACUUUGUGCGUUGA